AAAUCAUUUCUUACGUCAUUGAUAACAUUGCCUAGAAAUACCACGUGCAAAAAAUUUUUUUGGAGCAACACUCACGCUCUGAAGCGGUGAGUUCAUCAACUGAUAGCUGACAGUUCUGUAUGACAUAGCUGACAGGUCAGCCAAAAAAUAUGGCACUAUUUCGUCAUAUAAUGACUAAAAUUUGUGAUAAAUAAAUUAAUAAUUAAUUUAUUAGUGCCAUGUAAAAAAGUAUUAUGCUUCUCAGUCAUAAAGAAGAUAAGAGUGGUUGUGAUAAAUGUCAAAAAUUGAUGUGACAUAACCUACAAAUGCUCUAUAUCUUCAAGUGGCUUUGAUAUUGGUGUCAGAUUCUUUAAGAAUAUAUUCUAAAUCAAUGAUUUGAAUAUCAAAAAAUACCAAUAUAUCAGCGUUCUUCCACUAAAAUAAAUAUGGAGGAAUCACAUAGUGAUUUUGUUGUUGGAGACCUUGCAAACUGGAUUGCAUCUGCAGCUAUUAUCUUUGGUGGUGUAAUACCUUACAUUCCUCAAUACAAUGAAAUUAAAAGAAAAGAAGAUGCUGAAGGAUUUUCAUUAUAUGUUUGUUUGGCUCUCCUUAUUGCUAACACGCUGAGAAUAUUAUUUUGGUUUGGAAAACGUUUUGAACUACCUCUAUUAUUUCAAAGUAUUCUAAUGAAUAUCACAAUGCUAUUUAUGAUUAAGUUAUGUGUGAGUGUACAUAAUAAAAACCAAAUAAUAAAGGCAAAGGAAAGAGUAUUUACAGAUUUGGACAUUAACUACUUUUGGAAAUGGACAGACUUUCAGUCUUAUUUGGAUUUUGUAUUGCUCUUCGGAUUGGUUGGUGGAAUAAUUAUGUACCUUUUCGUGGGAUACCCAAUUUUCGUUGAAACUGUGGGUCUUUUCGCAGUUUUGACCGAAGCAAUGCUUGGUGUUCCACAAUUUUUAAGAAAUCUAGAUAACAAAUCAACUGAUGGAAUGAGCAUAGUUAUGGUUACCAUGUGGACGGUGGGUGACACAUUUAAAACAUGUUACUUUAUUCAUCGCAAAACUCCUAUUCAAUUUGCAAUAUGUGGGGCGUUGCAAGUAAUAAUCGAUUUAGGAAUAUUACUGCAAGUGUAUAUUUAUAGAAAUAAUACUCCAAUGCGUCCGGUGUUACGAGCAGACUGAUAAUAUUAAUAAUUUUAAAAUUUAAGUAAUGACACUUACAUGACCAUAUCUAGACAAUUUCCAUAUGAUUAAUCGAGUUCUUCCCUCUUAUUACCCAUAUCAAAAUUGGCAAUAAAGUAAUAGUGUUUUGAAAAA